AUGGCAUCUGGAGCCUUGACUUUGGCGUUUGCUUGUGGAGCCUUGGCUGUUGCCAUGGUUCUGAGAAGGGACUCUCCGGCAAAGUCGGAGCAGCCGUUCAUUGGGCCUUUGCCGCCGAUGCCUCUCGACAGUAUCGACGAUGCCGACUACAAGUGGAUGGAGAACCCGGGCGUGGUCGAGAUGCCAACGAAACGUCAGCUCGGCGAGCUACUGAACACCGUCAAGGCACUCUAUCCAGAUGGCGAGGUCUGGGAGCAGGUGAAAUACCUUGACAUCGACCACUCGGAUCCUAGCGAUCUCAAGUUCGACUAUAACAUGAAGCUCUUCAAGAACGCGACGAAGGUCCGAGAAGCAACGCAAGCUCCGCGAAGGAAGCUACAGCAGAACAUUGAGCAGGUUCCGCCCGAUGAUGUGGGGAAGCUGGACGUCAUGCGGCAGAUGCUUUGGGCUCUUUGUGCAAUCGAUGCCUCGCAGAUCAUUUCGAGCAUUGGUCAGAUCAUCAUUAACAUCCGCACUGUGACAAAGUCUUGCAAGAGUCCCUACCCUUACGAUGCCGCUCAGCAGGAUUCCUGUGCAGCCAUGGUCCAACUGAACCUGGCGAUUUGGGGUUACAUCGCCAUCUACAUCGAGGAUAUGUGCCUGGAGCAAGUUUGA